CAUUCACGAAGCAUCCGGGUUUCCGCUGAACAAGGUAGUGGAGUGAAAGGUUCUGUUGUGUGUUUUGUAAUUAUUUUGUUCAUCUGAGAACAUCGUCUGUAACUUUUGCACUUUGCAGGUGUAUAUUGAAACGUGACAUAUCUUAUUUGUCGUAUGUCCAUCCAGAAUCUGAACACAUUCGACCCCUUUGCUGAUGCAAUCAAGGGUUCAGAUGAUGAUGUCCAAGACGGUCUCGUGCAUAUAAGAAUUCAGCAACGUAAUGGUCGAAAGACUUUAACUACUGUACAGGGUCUAUCAUCUGAGUAUGACUUGAAGAAAAUUGUUCGAGCAUGUAAAAAGGAGUUCGCCUGCAAUGGCACUGUGAUUGAACAUCCCGAGUACGGUGAAGUGCUGCAACUCCAGGGUGACCAGAGGGAAAACAUCUGCCAGUGGUUAACCAAAGCUGGCCUUGCGAAGCCCGAACAACUUAAAGUUCAUGGUUUUUAAUAACCUUAUCUCACAAAUGAUCCUCCCAACACACUAAAUUAACUGCAACCAGAGAAUCUCAAGGUGUUAUCGGUAUCUGUUGUGGGACACUUGACAUCUAUUAAUUGUUGAAUUUGGG